AUGGGUGCGCCCUGCUUGUGCGUGGCCAGCGGGGCGGGUGUUCGCGUUUGGGUGUCUCGUGUUGGCUGCAGUGUGGUGCGGUGGUUUCCCGCGGCUGUGGAAGUGAACUGGCGGGGGUGGCUGUGGGUGCUGCCUUUUUCCUCCGUCGUGGGUGACAGCUGGCGUUGUGUCGCUUUGUUGCGCGGUAGGCUGAAUCCUUCCCAUGCGCGGAAUGACGGCACCGAAACCUUACAUGUUUGCGAGUGCACUGCUCAGCUGUUUUGGGCGCAUGCGCUUACGCGGUUAUACGGGAACAUGCGUCUUUGUUUGUGGGUCUGUUUCUCCUGA